GACCUAUACUUAUCUAUAACUGGGCUAAUAACUUGCAAACUAGCAAAGAAUAUCAACAACUGUGCACACGCGCGGCUCUGCACUCUGAUCUGAACUGACCUGAAAAGUGCAUUAACUAUUUGGUUGAAAGACCGAGCCAAAGUGUUACGUGGAAAUGCACUGUCAAUCACUUACUUUCGCAAGGGAAUCAGCAUGCAGUGUCGACUCGAGCCGUCAGGGGGCACUACUGUCCUUUUGCUCCCUGCUCGCUGUCAGCGUGAUAGUUUGAAGUAGCUGCGAGAUGAGCUACUGCAGUAAUUGUCAGGGCAAUGGUGGCGCAUUAUCAGCUGGAAAACAAACGCCACAGAGGAAUUUGUGGCAGGAAUGAGAGUUCGGGGUCGGCCGCAUAUUUGUUCGUUUUUCAGUUUUACUAGAUGAUUACUGCACCAAGGACCUUCGAAUGGAUAUAUCGCACACCUUUUGAAAUGGCUAUUUUUCCUCUAUUUUUAGAAGUACGCAACACGGAUAGCUGAAAUCGCAACGUAAACAAGACGCUGGAUUAAGUCCUCUGCAGUGCUGGGAGUGUGAUUUAGAACUAACGUUGCUGUGAUUUCAACCUAAAGAACCACCAAACUUCACAUGUUUCGUCGCUUAUAUUUAGAGAAAAAUAAUAACAUAAACUAGCUAGUUGACAGGUACCAUAACAGAGAAUGGUUAUUAUGACUGGCAAGAUAUGGUGAUUGAGUCGGGACAGUAUGUAUUGUGCACUGAUGCGGUAACUUUUAUGACCUAGCCUACCAGAAGAGAACUGACUCCAUUGUUUACAACGUCGAUUUAAUGACAUGUCUUUCUCGUUAGAGCCACAAAUGUAAUCAGAACAACAAACCAGUGAUAAGCUUAUGGUCCGUAAUCAUAUCAGGUCAAAGAUGAUUGAACCACAGUGUUGCGAUGACGGUGAUGAACAUGAAACCCUGCCAUUACCAACCCUACCCCCUAUGCCUCGAGAGCGGGUCCCUUUGCAGAAGAGCAGCAUAUGCUCCCGUUCCUACUUCAUGGUGGUGAUGGUCUUUUUCCAUGUAUACAUCAUCAAUGUCAUUGUGCUACUCCUAUACGUGCACUACAACAACGGCCCAGGAGACGCACUGGUCACCCAGAAAAGGGAUGAGGCAAGCGCGGGAAGCAAUCAUCACAAGCCCUCCGAGUCCCAUCAGCAACCAUCAUAUUCUGGCUUUCAGCGGGACAUGUACCUUCCACGCCUAGAGGGCAUACGGGUGGGCCAUGUCCAGAAGGUGUCACUGGUGCCAGACAAAGUGCAUGAGAUGCGGACCCUGAGCCUGAAGCCCCUACUGUUUGAGAUCCCAGGGUUCCUGUCUGAGGAGGAGUGUCGUGUGGUGGUGCAGCUGGCCCAGCUGAAGGGCCUGAUGGAGAGCCAGGUGAUGGUGCCUGAAGGACAGGAGGAGCUGACGGAGCAGCUCAACCUUAGCCCUGAUGAUAUUUUCAACCUGCUGGACCUCAAUCAGGACGGACAGCUCCAACUCGAGGAGAUAUUGACCCAUUCACGAGUGAGGGAUGGGAUCUGGCUGACACCAGAGAAUCUGAGAGAGAUCUAUGCUGGACUGAAGGCUGACCCUGACGGUAACGGCCUGCUGAGCCUGGAGGAGUUCAGGAGUCUGGACAGUAAUGCGUUCCAGCGGUUCUUGCAGCAGCGCGGGGUGAAGAGCAGCCAGCUGGUCAGGAACAGCAGACACACCUGGCUGUACCAGGGAAAGGGGGCACAUCAGGUACUCCGAGACCUCAAGAAGAGGGUGACCCGUCUGACCCGGCUGCCCUCUGCGUUGGUGGAUCUGAGUGAGCCACUCCAGGUGGUGCGUUAUGAGCAGGGUGGUCACUACCACGCCCACCACGACAGCGGCCCUGUCUACCCUGAGACAGCCUGCACACACACACGCCUCGCUGCCAACACCUCCACACCCUUCGAGACCUCCUGCAGGUACAUCACAGUUCUCUUCUACCUAAACUCUGUUGAGGGGGGUGGGGAGACCGCGUUCCCUGUGGCAGACAACAGGACAUAUGAGGAAGUGUCUCUGAUUCAGAACGAUGUGGAUCUUAUGGACACGAGGAAGAACUGUGAUAAGAGCAACCUGAGGGUGAACCCUACUAAAGGGACAGCUGUGUUAUGGUACAAUUACCUCUCUGAUGGACAAGGCUGGGUGGGGGAGCAGGAUGAGUACUCUCUGCAUGGCGGCUGUGUGGUCACCCGCGGGACUAAGUGGGUGGCCAAUAACUGGAUCAACAUUGACCCGGACUACCAGCGCCAGGCUCGCUACCAGCAGCUGGUGUCACAGCAGGGGGAGGAGGACGCAGAGGACGAGGGGGAGCAGUCUCAGGCCAGCCCUGAACAACUGCACACUGCUGACCCCCAUCAGGAACUGUAGCUGUACUGCUGUAGCCUAGAAACCAAAAACAAUAACCUCCCCUUAAGUCCACUAAUUACACUAGUUCCAACUUUGAAAGCUGGUCCCAAAGAUGGGUGGUUCAAAUAUUUGUUCAGACAUUGUAGUUUGUGGGCAUAGACCUCGUCCACCCCUCUUCUUCAGCCCAAAGCUACCAGAAAGCUACCCUACCACCACCCCACGCCCCAACCUAACUUGACUCUGUCCUGCUGUUCACAAUCUCCCAUGACAACACUUCUGGCCAGUACGAAGAGAUAUUUGAUAUUCAGGGACUGUGGUCACUUAGGAUUUAUGCAACUGUGAGAGGGGGAAAAAAUCAAAUUUUCUGAUUUCCUUGUUUGUUGAAUUCAUGUGUAAUUCCAAACUUUGUUUACAUUAUAUGUAUGCACAAUUUUACCUCCCUUCUGUGUGUCACAAAACAUUCAUGUUAGAUUUUCAGUGAGUGAGACUGUCAUUCUGAUACACAUGUUGCAGAGGGUCAUUCAUGCUACUAUUUGCAUGUACGUGCAUUCGUAUGAGCUGUUACAUUAGGCUUUGUGCAGGUUUUUACAGUGUCAUGUUUAACAUAGACUAGAGCGAUGACUUUAGAUCGUGUCUGCUCUGAUCCUCUGUAUCUUUGGGUGAUGACGUUGUCUUCCAUCACCCAAAGACCCCUCCCCCAUAUUCAGAUGUGAUGAAGCAUGUUAACUGUUAUUUAAACGUUGCACAGAUUGUUUUAUUUAUUUAUUAUCAAUGUUUUAUGUAUGGGGGAAAUUAUUUUCAUUUUGUCACUUGAUUCCAGUACUUCUCAAUCUACUUCAGGUAUUGGAUUUAUAUGUAUUUUUAAAGUAUUAUUUAUUUAUUCCAUAUUGUUCACUUUGUUCCAUGUUGUGUUGUUCACCUUGUUUCUUGUUUGUUCCAAAAUGCACUGAAUCACUUUCCUCUGCUCCAAAUAAAGUAUACUUUAGGUUUUGA